GUUGAUAAAAUCAAACACACUCCUAUUUGGAUUCUGCAGCCGUGACAAGUUUGUUCCUCGUGAUAGCUUGUUUUAUUGCUUCAGCUAAAAAUGCGAAACUGGGCAAACCAAGACGUCACAAAGAUGGAUAAAUGAGAGUACUUCAUUCAACUUCAUGGUGGUUUAAACCCACUCUACCCGGAUGAAAUGUCUUCCAGAAAGCGCAAGAAAUACUCUAAGGAUAUAAAGUGUGUUUUCUUUCCUGAUGACGUCAAGAGCAGCGUUCAAAACGUGGGAAGAGAGACAUCAGCUCUUUCAUCCGCAUCUUCAGCCAAGAGCUGGGAGAAGUGUGGAGACAGCUUUUUAGGAACGCCAGUGAUAAAGAACCGUGAGUCAUUAGGACGGAAACCAUCUGUCAUAAGAAAGUUGGCACCGGCCUCUGCUUCAGUGCGCACCAGUGCUGCUAACACUAACGAGGAUCAACUGCAUAUUGCAUGGAGCUCCAGUGACAGUGAACAGUCUGACAAUGAGACUGAGGUGCAGCGUGUGUCCAGAGCUGUGGCUCCGUGGCAGCAGUGUCUUCAGAGACCAGCGAGACCUAUUCAGUCCUACAGCAGAGCACUACGCAUGCUCAGCUCUGAUAAAGAUGAUCUUCCUGUUAUAGACACAGACAGUGACUUCAGUGAAUCUGAGGAAGAUGCUGAGCAGGCCAGUGAGGAGCAGAUCUCUGAUUGUGAGUCAGAGUCCUCAGAUGAAAAGCCAAAGUUCUCCACCCAUAAACCUACAAAUGUCAGAGAACUAGAGGUCUCAGGCUACGUGUCGGAUAGAGAGGGUGCCAGUGGGACACUGGACUGUAAGAGCCUUGCGUCCCAAACUGGUGAGGGCAGCAGGAGGUCAGUCAGUGACUGGGUCAAGUUCGCCCAGGCGAUGCUGCAGACGCCUCAGAAAUCACUCGACAGGCAGAUCAAGACUCCAAAGGAUUCUGCCAAAAAGAAGAGGAAAUUUCAAAGUGGAGGUCUGGCGGAGAGGCUGAAUCGGCUGCAGUGCAGACAGAGGUCAGCUGUUAGCUUCUGGAGGCACCAGUCCAUCGCGGACCCCUCGGCAACAACGUCAGUGGACAGGCCUGGGGUGCUGGUGCUGGAGGUGCUGGAGGUCCAGGAGGAGUGCGGCAUGCAACUGGUGCACUGUGAGCUCCACCAGCUGCCUGCCGAGGGACAAGCUGUCUCCCAGGAGAGCGCUCGUGUGCUAGUGUUGUUCUGCAGAGAGACUGCAGCCCAGCUGAUUCCUGCACCCAGAGACAUCAUCCACAUAUACCCACCGUGGCAAAGUCUUACUAUACAUGGCUUCAGCUGUGAUAUCAUUCUGAACACACACUUCAGCCAGAAGGUUUUCUCUGCCUGCAAACCUGCCAGCCUGUCCGUUGCGCGAGGCCUGCUCUCAUCUGGGCGGCGCACGCCGUAUUAUUUGGGCAAAGGAUUUGAGCUGGAGGCAUGCAGGACCACAGAUAAGGUGGUUCUGUCCACUGUUCCUUGCAGCUCCGGGGCUUCGACAGGACACGUCUCUCUUCUGGACGCUAUCGAGGGCCUGGGCCAGGCAGGCGCUGUGGGACAGGACGUGGAGGUUGUGGUCCAGAGAGUUUAUUCCAUCCCUGUGCCUGACUGCUCUCCUGUGUCCGUCCUCAAGCCCAGAGCUCCCCUCCGGCCCUUUGCAGACCCCUGUCGUCCCGCAGAGAAAGGGAAAGUCAGACUCUGUGUUCUGGUCCAGGACGGUUACGGGACGUUCAGCGUGGUCCAGCUCCACCGCCUGCCCUGCGAGGAUGACCUCCCCCAGUACUGCAAGAUGUGGCAGGGGAAGACCUGUCUGCUCAGAGGCAUUAAAGUGGUUCAGCGGGUUACUCGAGAAAGGUGCACCAGGCUUUUCAGCUUGAUAGACAGUCUGUGGCCGCCAGUGGUUCCUCUCCAAGAUCCUGCCAACACAUCUGUCACGUUCAGCCCAUAUUGCUGCAAUAAACCGAGCCUCGAUGCUUCACAGGAGAGCAGAGCCGCUGGUCCCGCUCCAAGUUUCUGCUACCUGCUGUCAGGCGAGGAGACGUCGGUCCAACCCACCGAGGAGCCGGGCCUCUGCCCGCUCUACCUUCCCCCAGCCGCGCGAACCCUGCAAGAUGUGCUGCAGAGUGAGGAGAAAACCUGUCGCUGGAGUUUUGUUGCCACCGUCUUGUACAAGCGGAUGCAGAGGUGUGAUGUAGGCCGGGGUGAGGUGUGGUUGGCGCUGACAGACCCCAGUCUUCAGGAGGAGCACCUCGAGAGGCCGUGCAGGCGAACGGUGGCCCUGUGCGUGUGCGCUUCCUGUGCGCUCACUUCCUCUGUCCUCGAAGCACUGAAAUCCCCCGCUGCCUGCCGCAUGUCGUUCAGAGAUGCUGUCAAAGAACAUGGUGUCCUCCUGUGCGUGGAGCAGUCGGUACUCGAGGUGUGUUCAGUGCAUCCUGGUGACCACCUCCAGUCCACAAGCACAGCAGAGUCCCUUCCACAGACGCUGGCUGAGCCCCGGGCCCAGACCCUGCCUCAACCUGUACGACUGGAUCCCCUGAGUCUGGAUGCCACACCCAACUCCCUCUGCUCUCUCUCAGGGGUGAUUGUGGGUGUAGAUGAGAGCACGGCUUACUCCUGGCCCGCCUGCAGUCACUGCGGCAGCGAGAACCUGGAGAUCUUAGCUGGAAGUAAGAACUACUACUGUGCUGCUUGUAAGUCAGCGAUGGACAAACCAGACACAAAGAUGCAGCUUGACGUGUUUCUGAGUUGCCCUACAUUAAGUAAUUGCACUUUAAAAGUUAAGCUGCUGCAGAGGACCAUCGCGUCUGUGCUGAACACAGCAGUGGCGGUGGCGCCGGACGGGGACGAGUUCCCCGGUUACGAUGUGGAGAAUGUCCUGGGAAAAGAGGUGGGCCCCCUCGCCGCUUACGUCCGAGUCGUCACCAGGAAACCUGCCCUCUGGAUCGGCCUGGAAGAGAUUUGCCUGUGAAUGCUCGCUGGGCGAUAUCAAUCCUCGGGCUUCAGCAGGCUCCAAGUACUGCACACUGGACCUUGGCGUGGGCCGGUUCAGCCCCCCCCCCCUCCGAAGGCCUCUCUGACAGCUUGAGGCCGCGCUGAAGCCGACCGGCUGCGAGAAGACAAGGUCUUGUUUGUGUUAAUGAUAUGUGAUCCCGUGGACCAGGAGUUGACAGCCCAAGGGUAGAGCAGUGGCAUGCAACCUGUCAGAGCAGCCAACGUGGUUCAUCAGCUGGAAUGUGACUUUUCGAAGUCAUCUACCUCCUAAAGCUUAAAAUACUGACUGUGUCAAUAAAGCUGGCGUUUUGCUGACUUGC